AAAUCAAAACAAAAUUACUUUACUAUAACAAUGAGGAUGUGGUGGUUCAUAACAAGUUUAGUCAUUUCUGCUUUCUUUUGUAAUUCCCCUGCUUAUGCUUAUGAUAACAACCCUCUACAGGACAUAUGUGUUGCUGUUAAUGACUCUAAGGCUGCAGUUUUCGUGAAUGGAAAGAUUUGCAAAGACCCAAAGUUUGCAACAGCAAAUGAUUUCUUUGCUUCAGGUCUUAAUGUUAGUGGCACUACAGCGCCCGGGGCUGCUGGUGCUGCAAAGUUUUUGACUGUCGACAAAAUUCCUGGACUUAACACUCUUGGUAUUUCUAUUGGUCGUCUUGACUUGGAACCUCAAGGUCUUGCACCACUUCACACGCACCCUCGAGCUACUGAGCUGAUAACUGUCCUGGAUGGUACUCUGUAUGUAGGAUUUCUUGUUCCUGAUCCUGUAAACUUCUUUAAGAGUCGUCUCUUCUCCAAAAUCUUGUAUCCUGGCGAUGUGUUUGUGUUCCCAAUAGGUCUUAUUCACUUCCAGUAUAAUGUCGGACACAAAAAAGCUACUUAUCUUGCUGCUUUCAACAGUCAAAAUCCUGGAUUUGUCUUUAUUCCUAAUUCAAUCUUUGGUUCAAAUCCACCCAUUCCAGACGACGUUCUUACCCAAGGCUUCCAACUUAGUAAGACACAGAUUGCACAACUUCGAAGGAAAUUCUCUUAGGCUAUAUUAUCUGUCUUUAAAAAUGUGAUUCUGUGUUUUUCUGAAAGUUGUUUGCAGCACGUUAGGUGCUCACUAACGUCUUAUGAAAGCGUUGGAAUAAUACUUUAGUCCGAAUAAAAUAAAGUGACAAUGUAUGUAACUAUAAUGUUUCUUUGCAAUAUAUACUAAUGAAUAAGCACCUUG